AAACAGUUCAGUCGCUCAAAAUCUGUCUUAGCUAAAAGUAAAUUGUCUUGAACAUUCAAAGUGCCUCAGUAAGCUAGUUGUAUAGCGAAAAUCGCGAGUGUUUUGCUGGAAUCAUACGUGGGAAAAGCUAAAACAAAAACAACUCAUUGAGCAUCGCGUGAUUGCGGAGUGGAGCGUGCCAAAUAGAGAGCAUUUAUCCUAAAGUAAAGCAACAAACUCAAUUUCAAAGAAUACAAAAUAGGUUUUCGAGCUCAGCGUUAACAGUUGCUGAGACUACGGCUGAAAAUGACGACGAAGAUGGCAGUAAUCUUCAGCCUUUUGGCUGUACUUGUGCUGCUACCGGGCCGUCCAGCUUUUCGUGUGCAGUCGACCCAAAUACAACCCCAACCCCAAAGUGGCGGCAAAUCAACACCGAAUCGCGUCAUGCAUCGUGCAUUUGCAAAUGCAGGUCGGACGCCGGGUUUGGAAAUUUGGAGGGUUGAGAACUUCGAACCUGUUGCUUACCCCAAAAACGACUAUGGAAAAUUUUAUUCUGGGGACUCGUAUAUCGUUUUAAAUACAAUCGAACGUAAAGAUAAACAACUCUCCUGGGAUAUUCACUUUUGGCUUGGUUCGGAUACAUCCACCGACGAGGCUGGCGCUGCUGCUAUUUAUGCUGUGCAGCUGGAUGACCUGCUUAAUGGCGCGCCGGUGCAACACCGUGAAGUUCAGGAUCACGAAUCACAGCUAUUUCUUAGUUACUUUAGGAAUGGCGUACGCUACGAGCAAGGCGGCGUAGGAACCGGCUUCAAGCAUGUGCAAACCAAUGCCGCUGGCGAGAAGCGCUUGUUUCAGGUGAAGGGCAAACGCAACGUGCGUGUACGUCAGGUUAAUCUGUCCGUGUCGUCGAUGAACAAAGGCGAUUGCUUCAUCUUAGAUGCUGGCAAUGAGAUACUCGUCUAUGUAGGACCACAAGCAAAACGAGUGGAGAAGCUGAAAGCUAUCAGCGCUGCUAAUCAAAUUCGCGAUCAAGAUCACAACGGACGUGCCAGGGUCGAUAUUGUUGAUGAGUUUAGUUCGGAUGUGGAUAAACAACACUUUUUCGAAGUUUUAGGCUCUGGCUCCCCCACACAAGUGCCGGAUGAAGCUGCCGAGCAAGAAGAUGGUGCAUUUGAGACAGCUGAUGCUAAUUCUGUCACUCUAUACAAGGUCUCAGAUGCCAAAAGUGGUCUGAAAAUCGACCCUAUUUCCACGAAGCCAUUGCGUCAAGAAAUGCUGGACACAAAUGAUUGCUUUAUUUUGGACACCGGCUCUGGCAUUUACGUUUGGGUAGGCCGUCGCUCGACACAAAGAGAGAAAUCGGACGCUAUGAAUAAGGCACAAGAAUUUCUACGCACUAAAAAAUAUCCAGCUUGGACGCAGGUACAUCGCGUAGUUGAGGGCGCCGAAUCGGCGCCAUUCAAGCAAUAUUUCGCCACUUGGCGCGACGCUGGCAUGGCACACACACGUUUGGUACGCUCUGCAAUGGGUUAUGAUUCCGAUGACUCAGAUUUUGUCGACCUCAUUGAUGUGGAAGACUUGAAAAAGAGUGGGGGUAGCGCUAUCGGCUUCAUGCCCGACAAUGGCGAAAACGACAUCAAAGAGGUGGUGCAGUACGUGAAUAAACAUGGGCGUGUGGAUACAGUGCACAAUGUAGUCCAACUACAGCCCAACAUGCCACUACUGGGAUUCGCCUCUUACUUGAUUACUUACAAGUAUAACAACAAAAAUGGUGAAGCGGGUAUUAUUAUUUAUGUAUGGGAUGGCAUGAAAGCUAGCCACGCCACAAAGGAACGCGCAUUCGAAGAUGCCAUGGCAUUGGCUGUCGAACGUAAUGCCAUUUUAGUGCGCACCACGCAGAACCAUGAGCCGCGUCACUUCCUGAAGAUGUUCAAAGGAAAACUUGUUACAUCAUACACCGCUAUACCCAUUCAUCCACAAUUAUACCGCAUUCGUGGCACAGAAGCCAGCGACGUGCAUGCCAACGAAGUGACUGCCGAUUCAUCGUCGUUAGCUUCAAGAGAUGUUUUCGCUCUAUUAACAAUGGAUGCACACAAAGUCUACAUAUGGAUUGGCUUAGGUGCUAGCAAAUUCGAGAAGGAUAUGGCUAUAGAGAGAUUUUCGAACUAUUGGCCUGAUGCCGUUGUUGAAGUGAUUGAAGAAGGUGCCGAGCCCGAUGACUUUUGGGAACUUUUGCAUGGGGAGGGUAUCUACGAGCGCAGCAUGACUGAUGUUACUAAGCCUUUGCUAGAACCCAGAUUAUUCCAUUGUCGCUUGGUUGGCAAACGUUUAGAAGCAGAGGAAAUUACGCGCUUCGAACAAGCAGAUCUCGAUCCGAACGAUGUAAUGCUUCUAGAUGCGGGUGAUGAAAUCUACAUGUGGGUGGGCUCAGGCGCCACAGCUGAAGAUAAUGGAAUGAUGCUUGAAGUGGUUGAGAAAUACAUCAAAGCUGAACCAACUGAACGCACAAUUGACACAGUCACUGUCAUACGCAUUGUACAGGGCAAUGAGCCACGUGCCUUCACACGCAUGUUCCCCUCAUGGGAAAUCGAUUACUGGCAGCCAACACCAAGGAACGAAGAGAUUGGGAGGGAAGUUGAGGAAAGCAACGACAUCUUCGAUUUGAAUGAAGUUUAAAAGCGAUUCAUCAAAAAGUCGUCACGCAUAAUUUAAUAAUGGAAAAUACUCAAUUUUGGUGCAAUAAAUAAAACAUUUCUUUUUAAGUUUGGUAUAAGAAA